CACCUCUAUUCAUCUUAGCACCCCAGCCCCCUCCCAUUGAACUGCUACAUGAAGUUAGGCACCGCCUCCACCCGGCGAAAGAUCGACACUUGGGGUCCAGGACAUUAAGGGACACAACUGCGCCCAAUGUCUGGGAUCAGACCAUCACGGGUCAUUAAAAGCUGCUUUGUCCGGUCGUUCCGGCAUUUACUCACGACCACCUCGCAGCUACAGACAUUGCGAAGAUGCUCUGGCCAAAGUUCGGAGCGAUCAGCCUUUGCGCAUCUGUCGCACUCGCAUUACCAAGAUCACCUGCUUCGAUCCGGAAACGGGAAGACCAGGAAAGGGCUGAUGCUGUAAAGGCAGCAUUCCAGCAUGCAUGGGAUGGUUAUAAACAAUACGCGUUCCCUAAUGAUGAAUUGAAACCAGUUUCGAAUUCGUUUGGCAAUUCGAGGAAUGGCUGGGGUGCUUCUGCUGUAGAUGCUCUAUCUACAGCAUUGCUUAUGGGCAAUCAGGAUGUGGUAGACACUGUCCUGGAGCACAUCACCACGAUCGACUAUACGAAGACAGACACAGAAGUCUCCCUGUUCGAAACUACCAUCAGAUACCUUGGUGGCAUGCUAUCCGCAUACGAUCUACUGAAAGGACCUUUAUCGAACAUGGCGACAGACUACACAAAGGUCGAUGCUCUCCUCACUAAGUCAAAAGAGCUUGCAGACGCGCUCAAAUUUGCAUUCGACACUACGAGCGGUGUCCCGCACAACAAUCUGAUUUUCGCCAAUCGAACCUAUGUCGAAGACAACGGCUCCAACGGACUCGCGACCGUCGGCACUCUUGUCCUCGAAUGGACGCAUCUCUCUGACCUCCUCGGCGUUUCAACUUACCAAGACCUCGCCGAGAAAGGCGAAUCCUAUCUCUUGAACCCCAUGCCUACCUCGAAUGAACCUUGGCCCGGUCUCAUCGGCUCUGAUAUCAGCAUCGAAGACGGCACGCUACAGAACGCAAACGGCGGUUGGUCCGGCGGGCAGGACUCGUUCUACGAAUAUUUACUGAAGAUGUACGUCUACGACCAGUCGCGCUUUGGUCAAUACAAAGAUCGCUGGGUCCUUGCCGCCGACAGCACAAUCGCUCACCUAACGUCGCAUCCACAAACACGCCCGGAAGUGACCUUCGUGGCCGAAUUCCGGGGCCAGACGCAGAGUCUGAAUUCAGGCCAUCUGACGUGUUUCCACGGCGGCAACUUCUUACUCGGUGGUGCUGUGCUCGGCGAGCAGAAAUACAUCGACUACGGCCUUGCGCUCGUCGACAGCUGCCACGCUACCUACAACGCCACCGCAACGAAGAUCGGGCCAGAGCGCUGGUCCUGGGACCCAGAAAACGUGCCUGCUGAUCAACAGGCGUUUUGGGAGGAAAACGGGUUCUACAUCACCGUCGAAUACUACGAUCUCCGGCCUGAAGUCGUGGAGAGCUUUUACCACGCAUACCGCAUCACCGGUGAGCAGAUCUAUGCGGAUUGGGUGUGGGAUGCGUUCAUUGCUGUCAAUAGCACAGCGCGGCGUGGAAGUGGGUUUGAUGCAAUUGAGAAUGUGAAUGUGGAGGGUGGAGGCACGAGCUUUGACAACCAAGAAAGCUUCUUGUAUGCGGAAGUCAUGAAGUAUUUCUACCUGACGUUCGCUGGCGAGGCGGAGUGGCAGGUCAGCAAGGAUGGAAAGAAUGCAUUUGUGUUCAAUACUGAGGCACAUCCAUUCAAAGUUGUAGGUGGGAGCUGACUAUAUGAUCUGAAUGCGAAAGCCUCCCAGGUCUGGUUGGCGGUAUUGGUUUUGUUACGUGCGAAGUAGGGGUGGGAGGACUGUAUAUAGUGGAAGGCGUAUGCAUGUAAGAACCAAUGCUGCUGUGUACGACUGUGAUUCGCAGUCCAGAUGUUUAUUGAUCCACAAUGGCACCUAUGCACGCAAUUUGACUGUGGCGUGCUUCUAGAGCAUCCUAGACAAGGCUGCCUCUGUUGUCUA